UAUAUAAUUGUUAUGAAAUUAAAAAAAAUAAAAAACAAUAAAAAUUGAAAUGACAGAAAAAAAAGGAAAAAUUGAAUUUGUAACAGAUAAAUGUCCAAUAAAACCACGUAAAUUUCAGCCUCAAAAUAUAAUAUUACGUUUAAGACAACGUGAAACAAUUGGUUGUCAAUAUCCAGGUACACAUGUACUAAAUAAUCGUCAAUUUUAUCAAAAUGUAUAUCCAAAUUUUACAGUUGUUAAUGUUGAAAAACCACCUUGUUUUUUACGUAAAUUUAGUCCAGAUGGACGUUAUUUAGUUGCAUUUAGUGCUGAUCAAACAUCAAUUGAAGUAUAUAAAUAUGAAGGUGCAUCAGCUGCUGCUGAAUUAUUAUCAAAUUGUAAAGGAGAAUAUAUUGGUCAUAGAAAUGAUGAUGAAUCAUUUUUUAUAAGAAAUAAUAUUUUUCAUAAAUUUUUUAAGCCAAAACAUGUUAUUAAUGUUGUUGAUAGUAGUGAACAACUUAAUAGAGAAUGUAGUCUUUUUACUGAUGAUGGACGUUAUGUUAUUGUUGGAUCAGCAAGACACAUACCUGAUGAAUUAAGACCACAUUUUUAUCAGAUUUAUUCAAAUAAUGAGGCUUUAACACCAAAUCCUAGAUCACCACUUGAAGAUUAUUGUUUACAUUUAGUUGAUCUUAAAGGUGGUAAACUUUGUGAUAUUAGACGUUUUCAUAUUGAUAAAAUUUAUUUGUCUCAUAAUCAAGGAUUAUAUUUGUAUAAAGAUAUUUUAGCUGUUUUGUCUGUUCAACAUCAAACUAUUCAUAUUUUUCAAAUUCUUGAUGGAAUGUUUAUUAAUGUCAGAACAAUAGGAAGAUUUUGCUUAGAAGAUGAAGCUUAUUUAGUGGCAAGUGCUUGGCCAAAUUGUAAUUCAAGACCAUUUAGAGAUGCAACAAUAAACAGUCUUAAACAUAAAUUAUUAGUUUAUUUAUACGAAAGAUCAGCUUACAUAAGUAAAUCAACUAAAAAUCCAUAUGAGCUUAGAAGAUUUUAUCAAUAUUUUGAUCAGUUAAAUGCUUUGAGAAUGUGGAAAAUGCAAUUGCUUGAUACAAAUCACAUACUUGUAAGAUAUGCAAGUGAAGAAGUUGCAACAUUACAAGCAAGUGAUCCAAAUGCACAUCCAGCACUUUUAGUUGUUUAUGAUAUGGUUGCAGCAAAAGUACUUGCUGCUUAUGACAAUGCAUCAUCUUAUAUGUUAACACAACUUGAAAAUUUUAGUGAUUUUUUUCGUAAUGCUGAUUGCCAGUAUAUUUGUUCACCAUCAAACAAUAUUCAUGCAAGAUUAAUGCAACAAAGAUUUAAACAAACAAUUGUAAGUGCAAGAUAUGGUGGUAUUACUGAAGCAACAAAAAGAUUACUUUCACAAUUACCAAUAUGUGCACAAUCAUAUUCAAGUUCUCCUUAUCUUGAUCUUUCAUUAUUUUGUUAUGAUGAUAAAUGGGUAUCAAUGAUGGAACGACCAAAAGCUUGUGCUGAACAUCCAAUUAGAUUUUAUGCUAGAGAUUCUGGUCUUUUAAAAUUUCGUAUGUAUGCUGGUAUGCUUAGUAGAACACCUUCAGUUGUUGCAAGACGUCUUGUUGCAUUUACAUUUCAUCCAACAGAUCCAUUUGCAAUAUCAGUUCAAAGAACAAAUGCUGAAUAUAUUGUAAGUUUUCAUGUAAGACAUAUUUAAAAUUAAUAUAAAAUAAUAAAUAAAAAAAAUUGGAAAAACAAAUCCCAUUAUUUGUAUUGUCUUUUCUUACUUUCGGCGGCUAAGGUGGCAACCAACUUUAGCGUCAUUCAAAAAAUAUCACCGAUACAUAUAUUGUCGCAUGAUUAAUAAAUUGAACUUCAUGAAUUUCAAUUGUCGAAAAAAAAAAAAAAAGAGGUCAAAUUCAUGGAAUUAGACCCUUAUU